CGAUCGGCCUUCGUCUUCCGGGCUGGUUUCUGGAGCGCGGGGAGCGCUCUCCUCGCGGCCCUUCUCGCCGGACCCCCGGCCCCCGAUGGCUCGGAUGGGGCUUGCGGGCGCCGCUGGACGCUGGUGGGGACUCGCUCUCGGCUUGACCGCAUUCUUCCUCCCAGGCACCCACGCCCAGGUGGUGCAGGUGAAUGACUCCAUGUACGGCUUCAUCGGCACGGACGUGGUCCUGCACUGCAGCUUCGCCAACCCACUGCCCGGCGUGAAGAUCACCCAGGUCACCUGGCAGAAGGCCACCAACGGCUCCAAGCAGAAUGUGGCCAUCUACAACCCAGCCAUGGGCGUCUCCGUGCUGGCCCCCUACCGCGAGCGCGUGGAGUUCCUGCGGCCCUCUUUCACGGACGGCACCAUCCGCCUCUCCCGCCUGGAGCUGGAGGAUGAGGGCGUCUACAUCUGUGAGUUCGCCACCUUCCCUGCUGGCAAUCGAGAGAGCCAACUGAACCUCACUGUAAUGGCCAAACCCACCAACUGGGUAGAGGGCACCCAGACGGUGCUUCGAGCCAAGAAGGGGCAGGACGACAAGGUCCUGGUGGCCACCUGCACCUCAGCCAACGGGAAGCCCCCCAGUGUGGUGUCCUGGGAAACACGCCUGAAGGGAGAGGCGGAGUACCAGGAGAUCCGGAACCCCAACGGCACAGUGACCGUCAUCAGCCGCUAUCGCCUGGUGCCCAGCCGGGAGGCUCACCAGCAGACCCUGGCCUGCAUCGUCAACUACCACAUGGACCGCUUCCGGGAAAGCCUCACCCUCGACGUGCAGUACGAGCCCGAGGUGAGCAUCGAGGGGUUUGAUGGGAACUGGUAUCUGCAGCGGAUGGACGUAAAGCUCACAUGCAAAGCCGAUGCGAACCCCCCCGCCACUGACUACCACUGGACCACGCUGAAUGGCUCCCUCCCCAAGGGCGUGGAGGCCCAGAACAGAACCCUGUUCUUCAGGGGGCCCAUCAACUACAGCCUGGCAGGGACCUACGUGUGUGAGGCCACCAACCCCAUCGGCACCCGCUCGGGCCAAGUGGAGGUCAACAUCACAGAAUUCCCCUACACCCCGUCUCCUCCUGAACAUGGGCGACGCGCCGGGCCAGUGCCCACGGCCAUCAUUGGGGGCGUGGCAGGGAGCAUCCUGCUGGUGGGGAUCGUGGUCGGCGGGAUCGUGGCCGCCCUGCGCCGGCGCAGGCACACCUUCAAGGGCGACUACAGCACCAAGAAGCACGUGUACGGCAAUGGCUACAGCAAGGCGGGCAUCCCCCAGCACCACCCACCCAUGGCCCAGAACCUACAGUACCCGGAUGACUCGGACGAUGAGAAGAAGGCUGGGCCCCUGGGCGGGAGCAGCUACGAGGAAGAAGAGGAGGAAGAGGGUGGUGGAGGGGGCGAGCGCAAGGUGGGUGGCCCCCACCCCAAAUACGAGGAAGAUGCCAAGCGGCCCUACUUCACGGUGGAUGAGGCAGAGGCCCGUCAGGACGGCUACGGGGACCGGACUCUGGGCUACCAGUACGACCCUGAGCAGCUGGACUUGGCCGAGAACAUGGUUUCUCAGAACGACGGGUCUUUCAUUUCCAAGAAGGAGUGGUACGUGUAGCCUCUCUCUCCAGAGCCUCUGUCUGCUCUCCUUUCUCCCGAGCUCCCUGCCCGCACGCCCCCUGCCCACCCCUGUGCCCACUCCUCCAGGAGCUCCACAGAGACUCUGCCCAGCUGCCUAAAGCCAGCCCCACACUUCCGGGGGGCGGGGAGCCCAGGGCAGACACGACCUGGCUUUGUUUUGAUUUCCUCCCUGUCCCCAGCCCUCCCCAUGGUGUUGUGUUCACUGUGGCUUUGGUGUUGCUGUACCUUCCCUCCCCUGACCCCCCGCCCCCCCCCCACCUGCCCUCUGUGUGGGGAGCCCUGUUCUCGUCUUGUGUACCUGGGCGUCCCUCCAGGGUUUGGGGAGCCAGCCCUCCCCCACCCCCCCCAACACUGGAAUUUGUUCGUGGUCUUUCCACUGGGGGGGGGAGGGCUGAGGGGGGUUCCGAGAGGAAAAGCCCCACCCCCACCCCCAGAUGCUGCUCCUCUUUUCCCAGGGAGGGGGAACCCCACACCCCUGCCAUGAGCAGCCAGGAGCUUGGGACCCCACUCUAGACAGCCGUUGCACCCACGAGACAGAGAGAGGCUUCUCUAAAGCACCCAGGGUUGACUUGUUUGUUAAGUGAAUCGAGUUGAGGUCCCUACUGGGGGCCUUGGGCAGUGUGUGCUCCUAGCAAGGUUGGCUUUACAUUUUUUUUCCUCAUUGGCCAACAGGGAGUGAAGUUGGCCCAGCUCUGGUAUGUCUCUCCUCUUGACCCCUAUCUGCUCCCUACAUCGUGGGGCUCUGGGGAGACUCCGGCCCCACGCUUCCCAUAUGCCUCCUACCAACACAUACACACACCUACGUGGACCCUCACCACUCGUGUCUGCCACUCAUUCCCGUGGGGUCACAUGCCCUCCCCAGCUGGACACUGCCCGAGGCCCGCCCCUCUCUGCCCCACCUCUUCCUCCCCACCCCCGGCUAAGGAUAGGGACAGCCUUCAGAAGUCUCCAGGGACAGCUGAGACCAGGGCCCCCCAAGCUGGCCCUAAAUGUGCUUCUUUCAGCAUGGGAGUUUCAGAUUUCUCCCAUAUCAUCAAGUGCUAGCAACUCUGGAUUCUCCUGGGGAGUCAGGGCAGGGGUCCCUAGGAUGUCUUGGGAGUCAGAGGUGACCAAGCACCACAACGGAGGGCAAUGGGGAAGGGAGUCCACCUGGUAGAAGCUUUGCAAACAGAUGCUGAAGAUUGCAGGUGGUGGCUAGCUCCAAGGCUAAUACAGAUGUUCUGGGCUUGCCAGAAAGUGCAAGGGAGCAGGGGUGGGGGGCAGGGACAGGAAUCCUGAUUCAGCAGCUCCUGCUCGCUGCUCUCCACUCCCCACUCAGCUAUCCCUGGUCUCCAUUCUGGAAUAGGGCAGGAGGGACCCUGGGAAAGCUUUCCCUUUGAGUUACAGAUUGCCUCCUCGAAUGGGGCUCUGGAUUCCCAUCGGUCACCCAAGACGAGGGUUUCCUGUCUGUACAGUGGGGGACAGGCCCCUCCCAGCCCUCUCGGUUCCCCCAGCUCAAAGUGCCUCAGUUCCUCCAUCUGCCCACCCCGGUCCCCCCAGCACUCUAGAUAGGAAAGACCCUGGGAUCGGAGAGCAGGCUCAUGCCUGCCCAUUAGGGUUCCAGCUACCCAAGGCCGUCAGGGGCUCUGUGGGAUGGCAGGUGUUGCGGGAGGGGGGGGAGGGAAGCAGACCACUCUGUGCCCCACGGGCACUGACCUACCCUGCCAUAGGCUUCCCAAGGAGCCCUAGCCGCACUCCUCUCCUCCCUGGUGCUGCUAUUGAACGCCCCCCACCGGCCCCAUCUCUGCCCUGGCCACCCGGGGUCCACCAUCUGGGCCACCCUCACUGCCUCAGCCCCAGCCCCAGCCCUGGCUGCCCAGUAGCCACGUAGCAGAAGUCUGAAGCCAUGCCAGCCCUGGGGCGGCUCUCUCCUCUUGGCAUUGGGGGUACUGGAUGGGGUGGAGAUGGAGGAGACAAUUCUGGGGUCUUUUUAGCCACAGGGCAGAGAGGGGCCGAGUUGUCAGGCUGUUUCUUCCAGUAGUAUUAGUGUUGCCCCAGGGCAGAGGACCUUUUCCAUGUUACAUCACUGCCCCAUCCCAUUUCACUGCACUCUGGCCCCUCUGCUUGGUCUUCGGCCCACCCCACCCCCCACCCCCCACGCAGGAGGAAAUCCCAAGGGCCUCCCUGAUGGAGGCAUUCUCUGUCCCCUUGAAACCAUGGAACCGGAAGAACUCUUCCUCCUGUGUCUCCCUUGUCCUGCACUGCCGCCCCCUCUUCCUCACUAUGUGAUGUACUUAGGAGGGCCUCUGGGCCCAGCCAAAGCACUGAGUCCCCCUGAAGACACCUCCAAGCCCUCCCCGCAAGCAAAGCACAAAGUAUGGGAUCCGUGCCCCACACAUGGGCCACAUGGGAGGCCCCUGUCUACCUUGGCCGGCAGCAGCACACCCGGCGGGGUGGUCACUCCUCGGGGCUGAGGGUGGGCAGGGGGCAGGCAGGUGCCUUCAGCGCUUGGACCUGGGGAGAUGGAGCUUUCCACGCCCCAAGUUUGCGGGAAGAUAGGCCCUGCCGUCAGGCCCACAGACAUAGGGGGCGAAGGGGAGGUCUGGCCCAACAGAUAGAUGAGGACCUUUCGCUUCUCCUUUGCACCCCCCAGCAUGAGCUGAGCCUUCUGCCUUUGCUGGAGAUGAAAUAAACUUGGUAUUCACUGUGCCAAGGCCUCCCCCGUUGUCACCCUGCCUCUUGUUACCCCUCCCUGUUCUUGCCCCCUCCUCUUCUCCCCUGCUCACCCCUAUUUCUUUAAGAUUUGAUAUUGUUCUAACGUGUAAACGAAGCAUCCGAGUCCCCUUUCAUCAGAAGGAGCUGAAAAGCAGCAGCAGGAAAUCGGUGACCACCCAGCGCGGCCUCCUCGGGCCAAGCCUGCGCGCCCAUGGGGCACGCCCCCCUCCAAGCACAGGGGCGCACGCGCAGACGGGCAGACCCGGCUGAGGAACGAGCUGGUCCUGCCGAAAACCCCGCAGCAGAGACGUGACUUCCCAGUGCUCAGGCAGUGACGGGGACCUCGUUUCCCGGGCGUACGCCCCCCGCCCCGCCAACCCCCCUCCCGUGUGCCCAAGUCACUGGUGCAAUAAUCUUUAUGCCACCCUCCAAGCAGAGGAAUCAGGAACUGUGUGAGGUGGAUGUGGGCGACUCCCCUGGGAGGACAGGGGCCCAGAGACCUCCGAAGCCACCAGGAACCUCUCCUGCUAAGGGGCACGUGGGCCCCUCCCAGGCCACAGAGACACCUGCUCUGGCUGCGGGCGCUGCGCAGCCCAGGCUGUGAGGGGCUCCCGGGACCUUGCUGCUGCUGCUGCCCCGACAUAAGGCCCAGAGGAGCCCCCUGCCUCCUGGUGCUGCUGCUCUUCCGACUCCUGCUGUGAGGAACCGGAUUCUUGGCUGGAAAACAACAACAACAAAUUGGUUUUCUCUUUUUGUACAAAUGGAAACGAAAUCCAGGAGAAGCUGCCACCUCUCACCUCUGAGCGCGACCGCGCUACCUUGGCUUCAGUUUCUUCGUCACCGUGUUCGUCUUUGGUCCUGGGGAUGGCCCAGCAGAUUCUCCUGGUUCUGACCCAGGGGGUGUUUGCAUCACCCCCUUUUACUUGUAUAAAAAAAAAAUGAUGGGUUGAAAAA